UGCUUGCGGUUUCGCGUUUUCAAAAGGCGAGAUAUUUAAACGGACAGUGAAAAAAUCAAGUUUUUCGUUAGGAAAUCUGAAUAUUUUUACGGGUGAUUUCGCUGUUUGACACGUUGUUUUCAUAAUUAAUGAGAAAACCAUUUGAAACUAACAUGACUCAAGACGUGCAUCCUUCUUGGGCGUUGGCCCACCUGAACACGUCCGUACGGCUGCCGGACGUUGCCUUGUUCGACCUUACCAGACGAAGCUACUCGUGGAUCAACGUACUGUGGAUCCCGGACAGAACGGAAGUUCGAUUGCAUUCGGUGGCCCAGCGGGUGGCACACGUAGAUCUGGAGGAUUCACAUUACGCUCGGGCCAAAUUCAGGAGCCUUCCGGAUGCGAGUGGGCAAGAUUUGCAGCGAGCCUGUCAGAGAGUUAGUGACCAGAUUGGAGCGAGUGCGCGUCCGAUUGUGCAUUACAACUGCCGUGUACGAGUCUCGGACGAUGGCCAGAAGAAAAUGCCUAAAGUGAAUGGAAAUUUUUGGCUGAAUGAUGAUAACUACACUGGGAAGCUGGAAGAGGUUCAUCAGGAUCAGGUUCAGAAGUGGUUCGGCACUCCCGGGGUCGUUUAUCUGUACGAGUGUGAUUCGGCCGAAGAGUUUAUCCGAAUAAAUGGCGAUAAUGACAACGGUUACCAUUUGGGAGCGUGCGCUGCAGGACAGAAACUUCCGUUGGAAGAUCUGCUGACGGAGGCCAUUUGCCGUCCAGUGCGGGCGGCCUUCAAAUGGCACUGUACGCUUCUGAAUAAUAUAAAUCUACCGAGUAAGUUGCUUCCCGGAGAUAUUGCCGAUCGACAAUUGUUGCUGGGUCAGCUGGAUUGGGUGCUGACGUUGAUUUUGGAUGCAAUCGCGUGGGAUUCAAUGCCGAAGGAUAUGUUUCAGCAAUUGUUCCGGGGGGAUUUGCUAACGGGAACCAUAUAUAGGAGGUUCAUACUAUCGCAAAGAAUGCUGAUACGGGCUGGGUGCACUCCCGUGUCAAAGCCUUCGAUUCCUGAUAACAGUCGGCACCGGUUGUGGGCCGUCUGGGAUCGUUUGAUGAAUAUGACCAUGAAUCUGUUGGAAAAGCAGAACGAGAAAGAGUGCCCAAUCAUAAGGACGUUCUUUCAGAUCAUUUUGGACGGACAAUAUCAGCAGCACCUUGACCUGUUCCUAUCUGCCAUGAGCCUUUCGGUUCAAUCCCCCAACACGUUUACCCCAUUGAAGGCAGGCUGGAAGAAGCUCGGUAAUGAUGUGCAGCUGCAGAAUUGUAUUGUGAAUCAAGCGAUCAGAUUGCUGCAAUCGAGGGAUAAAAUUUUGCGCCAAAAGACAACAAUAUUCUUGACCGAAGUUUUUGCAGAAACUCCUGCAGCCGAAGAGUUGCUAAAAUCGGAAGGUAGAGUUAAUCUUCUCCAAGACCUUUCCAAGAAAUCAGACAACCGUUUGCUUAUUACAACUCUCUACAUGCAAUUGCUGCUAGAAAAGCAUUCAUGUGCUUCCGAUCCUGCCCAUUGGCGAGCGCUUGCUGCACACUGUGUCGACCUUAUGAACCAUCCCGAUUCGGAUGUACGCGUGUGGUCGGUUCUCUUGGGACAAACAAUUUCUGCCGCAGGCCUUACAGAUUUACGCGGCCGUAUUGAAGAACUUUUGGACGAUGUCGUUCCCAAAGUUCGUGCAGCUGCCGUGGAAUCCUGGAUCGCUUCUUACUCCCACCUACCGGAACAAAAGGACACAGCAAUAAGCAAGCUCCUCACAAUGAUGGGUAACAAUUCUAGUUCCCUUGUGCGGCGCGAACUUGCUUACGCUCUCAAUGUAAUCGCUUCCGAUCGGACGGUGGAGUUGAUUGCCGUCUGCAAACAAGAACAAUCGAAACCCCCAGAACCAUCUAAAUCGAAGGGCAAAGCUAAGGCCAAGCAGCAGCAACAAAGAAAAGGUUCACUAACGUCGUCCAAAUCGGAAUUGCCUCUUGCCAAAGCAUGGCGCCUUAUGGUGACUCUGCAAGUGGAUCCUGAUCCGGAAGUGGCCAGCGCUAUGCAAUCCGUUGUGACAUUCGUAAAUCGAUGCGUGACGGAACAAGAGUCCGCUGGUACGAAGCGAAAAAAGAAGAUAUCCGUGGGUAGCUGUCCACUGGCCACGAGAGCAAAACUACACGAACGGUUCAAUUGGGAUUUGACGAAGGAUCGACGCCACGUUCAGCAGAAUGGCGAGGAGGAAGCCUCGAAAGAGAACAAUGCCGGAGCGCUGAAUUGCAAUCCUCCGAUUGAAUCUCGCAAUCCUACUUUGGCGCUGCUGAACCAUCAAUUGCGGAGCUUCCAGGUGCAGAAAGUGCCACAAAUGGUACGGUUCGGAGCUCGUCACGAAAUGGUUACCGUAUUUAAGGACCACAUUGCUUGGCAAGAUUCCACCAAUGUCAACGGUAAACCCCACAUUUUCAAACACCCUACCGUACCACUCGUCAAGGUUACCUCCCUGCUGUUGGACAUCCCCCAUCGUUCGUCUUCUCUACUGGUGGGCUACAAUGACGGAUCCAUUCGAUUGUGGCACGUCGAAGCCACGCCCGAUCCAUGCCUGGUAACCGCUUGGCAAGGUCUCCACGAUUUGAAUGAAACUACCCUGGCCGAAAAAAUCCACGGCAUAGUGAUGACGUCGAUCGGCACUCGGCAGCUGAUCACCGGUGGAGACGCCAAAUACCUGCGCAAGUGGGACCUUACCACGCAAUUGACCAUUGGCGAUAUAAGCAUUGGGACCGAUCAGCCGGUGAGUGCCCUCGCGAGCAACGGUGUGUACAAUAUUGCAGCCGGAUUGGAAGGCGGGACCGUUCGGCUGUUUGAUACCCGUGCGGAAGCGGACGGUAAGAUAGCAGUUGGUCCGAAGCAUUCGAAACCGGUUCGGAUGGUCAGCUUGCGGCAGGACGAGCAAACCAUGGUCAGUGUGUGCACGGGGGGAAGUGUCCACCUGGUAGACCUGAGGAAGAUGAUACCGGCGUUGAAAAAGUGGUCCUGGGACACAGUACCGUUGGAUGUGGCCGUUCAUCCAAGGUUCGAUUUGGUGGCCUUUGCCGGAAGCGAUAGAUUAGAAGUGUAUUCAAUCGACGGUGAACGGAACAGCGGCUUGCAGGUGGGAGCGGUUUGUGUAGAUUUUCACCCGAAGGAGGCGGUGCUGGGAGCCGGAAAAGAACGGGACAACGCAGUUGUACUUUACGGAGAUUUGGAGCAAAACGCAGGUAGAUAAGAAACAAAGUUGAAUACUUUAUUUCAACUGAAUUUUAACGUUUUGAUUACGAUAAUAUAGAGAACUGACAGAUUUUUAUUCUUCGUAUAA